AUGCCAGCAGCGGGGGCGGCCCGGUGGGGCCGGUUUCGGCGGGAGGCGGAGGCGCAGUCGCAGCGUGCCACAGCCGGGGGCAGCGGGCGGGCGAGCGGGGUCGUAACAGGGCUGGCCCCCCGCGCGCGCCACUCUCAAAAUGGCGACAGUGACAGCGUACCGGGACCCUGCCGGAGCCGGAUCGGGCAUUUUAUGAUGGCGGCCAAGGCAGGCCCCCCCCGAGCGAGAGGGCGGCGCCGGGCCGGGGGAAGUGCGGAGCCGUGCCGGAGUGGGACGGGAAUUUGGCUGCUUCUGAGGACUGAUGGAGCCGUGCCGGUGCGAGCAGUGCGGAGCCGAGCCCACACCGGCCCAGCCGCUCUGUCCGCUCCGGGGGCGGGGCUCGGGCGAGGCCCCCUGGGUUCGGUCCCGCCCCGCAGGACGGGCAGGAGCGGGCGGGGCUGUCCCGCCGCGGUGCAGCCCCCGGCUGGCGGAGGAGCCGCCCCGGAGCGGCUUUCCCGGCCCCAGCCGCGCUCCGCCCGGCGCCUGGAGCGCGGGGCGGUGCCGGCGGAGCGGAGCAGCGCGUGCAGGCUCCGCGAGCACAUGGCGGCUCCGGAGCACAUGGCGGCUCCGCGAGCACAUGGCGGCUCCGCGAGCACAUGGCGGCUCCGCGAGCACAUGGCGGCUCCGCGAGCACAUGGCGGCUCCGCGAGCACAUGGCGGCUCCGCGAGCACAUGGAGCCGCCGGGCGCUGCGAGCGGCCAUGGCUUCCUUGGGCCCCCGGGACCGUGGAGCAGCGCCCGGGAUCGUUCGGGGACCCCUGUGUGGGAUCUGGGUGAAACUCCAGCUCUCCUGGUGUUCAGGGGUGCAAGGUCUGAGGGAGUGCGUUUACCUGUGGCUUUGCAGGUCAGCAGGAACAAGAGGAAAUGGGGUGCCAGAGCCGUGUGCCAUCAGGCCGUGUUUCCCUCUGAGGACAGAGAGUCCGGGCUGAGGGAGAAGAACACCAACUCACAGCCUCUCUCCCGGGCCGCUCAAAUCUGGAGCCUGGAGCCCCGGAAGGCCCCCCCGGACCCCCCCAGACCCCUUUGGGACCCUCCCAACCCCUCCAGACCCCCGUGGGACCCCAGACCGUGGAGCCCGGAGCUGCCCAGGGCUGCGCUGGACCACCGCAGACCACCCCGCACCCCCCAGCUCUGGAACCCAGAGCCCCCCAGGGCCCCACUGGAUGCCCCGAGACCCCUGUGGGACCCCCCAAGACCCCACUGGGAACCCCCAGCUGCCCCUAGACCCCUCUGGGAUUCCCCAGAACCCCCUCGGGCUCCCCUAGACCCACCCAGAUCCCCCCGGACCCCCGAGCUCUGGAGCUCGGAGCCCCCCUGGGACUCCCCGGGCCCCCCCAGACCCUCGCGUGACCCCCAACCCUGGAGCCCGGAACCCCCUGCACUCCCCCCAAACGCGGAAUCCUCACGAUGCUGCUGCUGCCGUCGGCUCCAUCGCGACACAGCCCAGCGAGACCCGCUCCGUCACGACCCUGUCUGUCGCCACACCGUCCGUCGCGACUCCCCCUGUCGCGACACUUUCCACCGCGCCCCGCCUCGUGCCGCCCCUCUCUACCGAGACCCCCCCCAGCGCUGCCCGCAGCCCCCCAUGCGCCGCCCGGGCUGGGGAGGGGUCGGGAGCCGGGGCAGUCCCCGCUCGCCCCCGGGCUGCUGCUGCCCCUGCAGGGGGGGCUGCGACAUGAGGAGGGGGCUCUGAUGGGGGGGACCACCCCCAAUAAAGGCUGUUUAUUCAA